AUAUAUCAAAUAUAUAUUAAAUAUUAGUAAGAAAAUAUUAAAUAUUAGUAAAAAAUAGUAAAAUAUUUAAUAUUUAAUAAAAUUUAUUUUUAAAUAUAAAUUAGAUUUAAAAAAAAUUCUUAUUGCACAUGGUGCAGGAAAACAGAUAGUUUGACUAUAUCACAAAAGAGAAGCCAAUAUGAUUCUUUGUAUGGCCCAUGCAAUAAGCCAAUAAUCAUCAUCCGACGGUUUCCAUACACAAGGGUGGUUGGGCAUUCCUAUACGCAAUUCUUCUCGUCUAGGAUUAAUUCGAGUUUGAGGGUUAUUGCUGACUCAAGGUUUUGUUUAACAAAGGUCGGUUUAACUAAACAAGUCUGAUACACAAAAUUAGUUUUUUUUGGGUAUUGGCCAGUAAGGUCUGUUUAGUCAGAUCGAAUGUAGCAUAUUUUUCACUUGUAAACAUCAUUUGGCUAUCUUAAGAUUUCAAUUUUAUUUCUGUCACGUCAAAAAUGUAUGAAGAUGAACUAUUUUUCGUGGAAAAGACAAAGAAAGAAAAAAAAAGCAAGUGAAAUUAACGUGUUUGAAUAUUAACGCGUUUUAGUCUGAAAGUAGAUGGCUAUUGUGGAAAUAUUGGUCAGAACGUCAAGAAAAAUGAAGUUUCAACAUCACACCAGAAGCCAGAUUGAAUGUCAAUUCGGAUUUAUCUAUUUUUGUCAUUGUAAGACGUCAACUCUUAUAGUCUAUGCUGAUUAAACUUUUGCUUUAGCUACUAAGCGUUCUUGAGGAAAGAUGCAGCCCAUCUUCAAUGCGAUCAUUCAGAAUGACAUUCCAGCUUUUCUGGGGUUGGUCGAAGAAAGAUAAUCGUGGCUGGAGGAGAUAAACGUGGAACAAAACAACAGCAAGGUGUUGCGCAUGGCUUCGAAGCAUGGGCAUGGAUAACUGUCUCAAAGAUUAUUGAGCUCAAACCUUCUCUCAUCUUUUUCUGCAAGAAACUGAUAUGAUCAUAGAAGCAAAGGAAAUGUCACGUGAGAAGCUGAUGACCUGUCACCUGCACAAUAAGAAGAAGAGAAGGCAGUUACACUGAAGAGAAGAGUAUAAAUAAGAUUGAGGAUUGUUAUUGAGAAUCAGUUAGCUGGUUGGUGCCACUUGUGGCUUGGGCUUGCUUCUCUUUGAGAGCAAGAUAGCUUUCUCUGUAAUUCCAUUGUAAUCCUCUGUUCUUGAUCAAUAAACAUCACAGUUCUUAUCAAAUUGGUGCUGGUGAGCGAUCUGGAUCGAACAAUCGCGAACGGAUCAACGAAGAAGACGAAGACGACGUACACGCAGACGAUCGGCGAUUCACAGGAGACGUUGGAGCUGUGUUCUCAGGCGAUUACACCAAUGGAGUCUUGGGAGACGAGGAUUGAUGCUGCCUUUGAAAGAGGCUAUAACAGAGUAUGCGAACGUUUGGAUAGGUACAUGGAGAAGAGCAAGGAGCCAGUCGUGACGAGAGUCGUGGAGAUUCCUGUGUUCUAUGGUGAUGGUGAUCUGCGACCAUGGAUCUAUUGGAUGGAGAAGCGGUUUGCGUUGGAUGCUUUUACCGAUGAUCAGAAGAUGGCAAUGGCUUGCGGUUUCAUCGACGGUAAAGCUGCGUCUUGGUAUCACGAGCAAAUCUCACAGGUUCCGUUUCAAAGCUGGGAAGACCUGAAGAGUGAGUUGUUGCUGCGGUUUGGCGAUGUUGAUGAUCCAGAACUCAUUACAUUUCGCCGGAAGUGGAAGUUGCAGUGGCCAGACAUGAUGGCGUAUCCGAUCUUCUAUGGUGAUGAUGUGAAGCUUUGGAUAUCCAUGAUAGAACGUCGUUUUCAUCAGGAUAUUCUUUGGAACAGGGAAAAAUUGGAGUUCGCUCUAAGAUCUAUGGAAGGAGAGGCAAAAUAUUUUGUUCAUUCGAAACAAUCGAUCAUGAUUUUCCACUCUUGGAACCAGCUCAAGGAUGAAUUAGUGGUACGCUUUGGAAGAGACGAUGAUCCGGAUAAAAUUCGGUUACAGAUCGAGCGUGAACGAGAUUUCAGGGAUUGGGUGAAGAGAUGUGAAUCCAGGUAUCGUGAAACAAAGGCUGUUGAUAUCAGUGCAUCAAAUCCAGAACAUCAAACUGUUGUUGAUGAACUAUCGCAGAAGAUUGAUGACGAUGAUGCUCCACAGAAACGAAUGAGUGUGGCAGGAGAUUCGGUUCAGGCCACAGAAACUGAUACAAAUGAGAAGGUUGAUACAGAUGCUGAAGUAGCUUGUGAACCGAAGUUGAUAGCGCCGGCUCUGAACAGUGAAUCUACGGGAGCAUAGCAAUCUCUCCAGGCUAUAGAGGAGAUUGACACAAUGAUUGCACAACCUCAGGUACUGCUCUCUGUAUCGGAACCUAGCGUUAAAGAUACGUUGUCUAUAGAUUUUAGAAUGAACAUGGUAGUUGCAAAUCAAGCAACGGUGACACAUGAUACAAAUGAAUCAACUCAAGUGCUAGAAACGGCUGAUGAUCAUGGGAUACAAAAGAUUGGUACUAAUAAGGAACGAGAGAAGAGAAUUAUAGAGGCAAAAGCUUCGAAUCAGGCCAAUGAAACUGAGAUUGAGUAUCUGGAUUGUGAAGUUGUUCGUGAGAGUGAACACAAGUUGUUUGAUCAAAUGCCUAUUGGAGGAAGAGGAGGGAAUCAGCAAAAUUUCUUGAGCAAAAUGCCAAAGUCAUGGCGCUUCAAGUUCAAAGAAGGCUUAUUACGAUCAACCUGUCCAAGGACAAACUUUUUGUGCUGGAGACUGUUUAUUCUUUGGAAUACAACAGAUCAGCAGAAGUCGAGCCCGAAGUACUUUCAACGAGUUUCAGACUUGACCUUUGAGGGAAAUCUUUCACAGUUUGGGUUUGGCAUGGUUCAGCUCUGCUUUAUGAGCAAUAGAGAGACGUGGAUGAGACAUAAGACUGAUUCUUUGCAGCCUGCUUCAGCAUGUAGGCAGUGGAGUGGGUUGAGUUCUGAAUCUUGGGAUACAGAUUUAUGGAGCAGAAAUUUUGGAACUAUGAUUGAAACUCAUGGUGCUGUUAGUACUGUUGUGGUGAGGAGUGAAAAUCACAUGGUCCUGCUACUGUUCAACUUGUGGAGGCGAUCAUGUGUCAAAGGAUGCUUGGAUACACAUUUUAUCAGCAGAGAUUGGUGGUUCUUAACAGCUACGGGACAAGUUAUUUGUUACUGGAGUCAAUGGAAACACAUAACAUUCUCUCUAGCUGGAAGUAUGAGUGUUCAGACAAGGCAGAAACAUGGUCGACUCUUACUACUGUGGGUCAGAUUGAAGUGGUUGCGAGUUGAUAGGAAGGAGCUUAAAUGGCGUUCCAAAUGGAAAUUUCUGGUGUUGUACUAUGCAUCUUUGGCCAAGCGAGUUUAUUUUGCUGUGUGGCAUUGCUGGGAAAACAAGCCAGUGCAGCAUGCUGAUGUUUUUCUUACGGUUGUCUAUGCGUGUGAGACAUGGUGUUGCAUUGCAGCGACAACAGUUUCCGUAACACAAUUAUCACAGUCCAUGAGAUUAGACAGAUAUGGUGCAGAGGCUGCUUUGUGGUUGAGACUUGCAACAUGUGAGAAGUUUCACUUGAAGCAUAGGUGGAAGAGUAAAGGACUGCAGUUUUGGAGGAGUCCCAAGGUGGGGAGAAAGAAUGAUUUUUGGAGAUUGGUUGUUCGACCUAUCAGGGAGGAUAAUAUCAGACGUAUAUGCUCUUUGGAGUUACGCUUUUCAACUGAGGAUAUGCUGGUUUUGGUGAAUUCUCUGUCCAGAAAAGACUGAAAAGUACAUCACCUUCAAAGCAAAGGGGCACAAGGAAUCGCGUAUAAGGCGCCUGUGUUUCAGAACCUGUCAGCAACACAUAGUUCUGCAAUCUUUGUGGUUUUCUACAAUAUUCCACGAGGAAGCUAUGGUGUUUGCGAACGGCUUCAAUUCUUGUUGGACAUGGGAAUUUGAUGACAACUUUGAUCUGUCAAGUGUUUCAUAUCAGCUUGAGGGCAAGCUGAGUCUUCAGAAGGGGGGUAUUGAUAUGAUCAUAGAAGCAAAGGAAAUGUCACGUGAGAAGCUGAUGACCUGUCACCUGCACAAUAAGAAGAAGAGAAGGCAGUUACACUGAAGAGAAGAGUAUAAAUAAGAUUGAGGAUUGUUAUUGAGAAUCAGUUAGCUGGUUGGUGCCACUUGUGGCUUGGGCUUGCUUCUCUUUGAGAGCAAGAUAGCUUUCUCUGUAAUUCCAUUGUAAUCCUCUGUUCUUGAUCAAUAAACAUCACAGUUCUUAUCAGAAA